CCCUCCAUAUCAUGUGAUUCAGGUGUUCCAAUCCCCUCCAUAUCAUGUGAUUCAGGUGUUCCAAUCCCCUCCAUAUCAUGUGAUUCAGGUGUUCCAAUCCCCUCCAUAUCAUGUGAUUCAGGUGUUCCAAUCCCCUCCAUAUCAUGUGAUUCAGGUGUUCCAAUCCCCUCCAUAUCAUGUGAUUCAGGUGUUCCAAUCCCCUCCCAAUCAUGUGAUUCAGGUGUUCCAAUCCCCUCCAUAUCAUGUAUUCAGGUGUUCCAAUCCCCUCCAUAUCAUGUGAUUCAGGUGUUCCAAUCCCCUCCAUAUCAUGUGAUUCAGGUGUUCCAAUCCCCUCCAUAUCAUGUGAUUCAGGUGUUCCAAUCCCCUCCAUAUCAUGUGAUUCAGGUGCUCCAAUCCCCUCCCAAAUCAUGUGAUUCAGGUGUUCCAAUCCCUUCCAUAUCAUGUGAUUCAGGUGUUCCAAUCCCCUCCCAAUCAUGUGAUUCAGGUGUUCCAAUCCCUUCCCAAUCAUCUGAUUCAGGUGUUCCAAUCCCCUCCAUAUCA